UGUGUCUUAUCAGACGAUUAUAUGUUAUUUGUCAAGAUACAUCUUCAUCAAUCGUGUAAUUCUUCCCCAGAUAGAUCUAUAAAAUUAUCGUGUGUUAUUAUUAUCCAAUAUGUUUUGGUUAUUAUUUUGUGCAGUUUUAUUGGUUGUUUUUGUGUUUUUGAAGAAGAAAUAUACAUAUUGGAAAGAGAAAGGUGUUGUUCAGGACUUGGCUGUUCCAGUAUUUGGAUUAAAUUGGAAAUUAUUGACGCAUCAAGCUUCCAAUAUAGAAAUUUUUCAAUAUUUAUAUGAUAAACACAAGAAGGAAAGAUACAUUGGUGUUUAUGAUUUCCUCACGCCUAUAGUUAUCAUCAAGGACCCAGAUCUGUUACAAGAAGUAUUGAUAAAAAAGUUCGAACAUUUUACAGACCAUAGACCAACAAUUCCAUCAGAUGUUGAUCCUUUAUGGAACAAAAAUGUAGCCAAUUUGAAAGGUAACAAAUGGAAAGAAAUGAGAUCUUCUCUGAGCCCAUCGUUCACUAGCAAUAAAAUGAGGGUUAUGUUCGUUUUGAUGGAGCAAUGCGCCAAGAAUUUCGUUCAGUAUUUCCUGCUUAAAAAUGAAGAGAUUGUUGAGACAGAAAUCAGAGAAUCUUUCAGUAGAUAUAUCAGUGAUGUUAUUGCCUCCACUUGCUUUGGAUAUCAGUGUAACUCUAUGAUUGAUCCAGAUAAUGAAUUUUAUGUGAAAGGUUUACAGGCGAGUUAUGAUAUGAGUUUUUGGCGGCAUGUCAAGUCUUCUUUGCUAAGGGUAUUUCCUUGGAUGAGUAAGGUGAUAAAAGUUACCAGGUUUGGCGAUGACUGUACACGAUUCUUCAGAGAUGUCAUCAAAGAAAAUGUAGAAUUUCGAGAUAAAAAUAACGUAAAAAGACCAGAUAUGAUAACUCUACUGAUGGAAGCCAGAAAUGAAUCUCCAAGUAAUCAAGACAAAGACAAAAACGAUUCACGCUUUCUAAUAUAUGAACUGAAUGCGAGCGCAUCGAAAAAAAAGAUAGAUUUAACAGUAGACGAUAUAGCAGCGAAUGCUAUGGUCUUUUUCUUCGCUGGAUUCUCUACCACCACGUCUCUUUUAUGUUUCAUGACCUAUGAACUGGCUGUGAAUCCAGACAUACAGAAAAAACUGUUGGAAGAAAUUGAUAGUUUAAGGAAGAAAACUGAGAAAAUAAAUUAUGAAGAUCUGAAUGAACUUUCUCAUUUACAUAUGAUCAUAUCAGAAACUAUGAGAAAAUACCCUCCUUUUUGCCGAAACGACAGACGUUGCACCAAAUCUUUCACAAUAAAAAAUGAAGAAUAUCCAGAGAAGUCUUUCACAAUCGAAGCUGGUCAUGAUAUUUGGUUUCCAAUAUAUGCCCUUCACCAUGAUAGCCAAUAUUGGCCCGAACCAGAAAAAUUCAUACCAGAACGAUUUUCUCCUGAAAAUAAGAAAAACAUAAAACCUGGUACCUAUUUACCCUUUGGUAUUGGCCCCAGAGGCUGCAUGGGAUACAGAUUUGUUCUUCAAACCGUCAAAAUCUUAUUUUAUGAGCUUCUGAGUGAAUUUGAAAUCAUACCUGUGGCGAAAACAGCAAUUCCUUGUCAACUGAGCAAGAAUACUUCACAUGUGAUCCCAGGAAAAGGGUUUUGGUUUGGUUUCAAGAGAAGAGAGCAAUCCAUUUGAAUAUAUUCUGCAUUAUACUUAUCUAUUAAUUUAUUAUUUCUAACUUUUCAUGAAUACAUUAUUUUUUCAUUGA